AUGUCGUCAAAAACAGCGAAGGGAAAAGAUAAUGAUGAUGAUGUUGAUGUUGUUGUUAUUGAUAAUGAUGAUAAGGAGGAGGAGGAUGAAGGUGAUGGAGAUGAUGAUGAUGAAUAUGGUAGUGGUGGUAAUGAUGAUAAGGAUGAAGAUGAUGAUGAUGAUAAUGGUAGUGGUGGUAAUGAUGACAAGGAUGAUGAUGAUGAUGAUGAUGGUAGUGGUGGUAAUGAUGAUAAGGAUGAAGAUGAUGAUGAUGAUAAUGGUAGUGGUGGUAAUGAUGACAAGGAUGAUGAUGAUGAUGAUGAUGGUAGUGGUGGUAAUGAUGACAAGGAUGAUGAUGAUGAUGAUGAUGGUAGUGGUGGUAAUGAUGAUAAGGAUGAUGAUGAUGAUGAUGAUGGUAGUGGUGGUAAUGAUGAUAAGGAUGAUGAUGAUGAUGAUGAUGGUGGUGGUGGUAGUAAUGGAGAUAAAAAGAAGGAGAUGAUGAUGACAUCGAGUGAUUAA